AAUGUCUUGCAUGCAUGAAACUACUGCGGAUGUCCUUCUCCCCUCUCUGACAACUAUGAGGGAUGCGCAUACGUAGCCUCACCACCAUACAGACCAGCAACCCCAGAGCAAAAACAUCACACUACUACUUCUUUCUAUACGGAGUAAUUCCCUUAGCAACUAAUAAAUUACUAAAUUCAACCAUCCUAAACCGGAACUAUCUAAUUCUAGCCUCUUCCUCUGUUCCCGUCUACUCCAUAAACGCGAAAAGGGAAAAAAAAAAGUCCAAAGCCAAAGCUCCGAGGUUCCGCUCCCAGAACAACCACGAAAAUAGCUGCCCCGUCAGACCAAUGAGACUCAGCCCGAACUCCAAUCACUCCAAUCAUCGCCAACCCAGACCCAGCGAGUGGCUAACAGUCUCUCUCACAGCCAAAGCACCGGCUUGGAAUGAUUCAUCAAUUCAUAGUACGGAGUACGGAGGUGUGGAACAUAUAAGUCCAUGCACACGCUAGAAAUUUAUUUUGAAAUUCCAAUACUGGAGUCAAAUUGUACCGGCCCGUGCUCUCAAUAAUAAUGUUCAGGAGGUCAGGCCCCUAUAAUAUUAAGCACUCAAUAGUUGCCCAUCAAGCUGAGAGAUAGACAUCACAGGCAUCAGCAGGGCUCAUAAUCACCUCUAAACUGUUCACAAAAGGGAUGGUAAUCCUUUUACCACUUAAAUUACUAGUGUCUGCAAGAACUUAAGUUCCACACCUCCGUUGUGACAGCCUGACAGGGAGGAACCCAUCGGAAUCCCUCGUUAUCAGUCGCGAUGCGCUCUCCCUUUCCUUCUAAAGUAUUCUCAGAAAUGCUUCAGUUUAACUUUUCUUUUUUUUUUUGCUUUUUUUUUAU